AUGGCCCGCCUCAGUACUCAAGGUCCUGAUGCUACUGAAGUUCAGCAAUCACCGACGCAGUCUCUCAAUACCGCUUCUGAUAACAACAACGAAGAAUCAACACCUCCCUUCUUCAACACUACUUUCUCAACCCAUCGUGUCUCUCCUCUCCAUGUUGGCGAAAGAAGACUCACAGGGCAGCGACUUGAGGUCAUCGCCAGCCGCCUGCGCGACACCCUUGUUGGCGAUGUCGUCCGUGGCAUUGAGCUCAGAUCGGAAACGACAGAUACGGCUAUAGGGCAAGUCGGAUCGUUAAAGGGAGUGCGAAUUGAGUGGUUCCGUGCGGGUACUCUCUUAGGAGAGGGAGACAUUGAAGAUGACCUCCAAAUCCCACGCGGCGACCAGAGCGACCUGCCAGACGAUCAGAAGCAAGGGUUAUGGAUCAGCAUUGAGCACGAAAAUGCGGCAUAUGCGGCCAUCCUUUUACCUGGACUCUCGGAUUCCUCAUCAUCACGGCGGGAGAAAGAAGAUGACAAGUUCCUUCAUCUACCUCUUUUGUUGAUGCGCAUGCCCCAGCAACUAAAGAGUGUAGUAGCUAACUGGUUGGCUGUCGCUUUCGAUUGUCGCGUCAGUCGAGUCGCUUUAGGAACAAAGACGAUACUCGGCGUUUGGGAGAGUUGGAUCACGAGCAACGGUGUCAACGAUCGAGGAAACGAUCUUACUGUGACGCUUGCGUUUAAUGCGCCUCUGGCAGACAACGCCACCCCAGCAAUUAUCACCAGAGAUGAACUUCAAAACGAGAAAACCGCUACUCCAGGGCUUCGUUCAAUUGACAUUACCAUUUCUGCUCAAGACCUCCAUCGCUUCGUGCGGGUCGGCGAGAAGAACAGUGCUCUUGGUGGAGCUACCUGGAAAGGAGGUGCCCGCGAACGUCGCCAGCUUGCUGGAGGUAACGCAGAUGACGGAUGGGCAUGGCGAGAGAAAAGCGCUUCCGAGCCGUCACCCUUCACUGACGCUCUGGCAAACUACUUGCAUCACCAUCUUGCACUAAAACUCUUCCACCCAAGCGUCCGUGUUACCCAAAUAUCUUGUUCUGGUUUUGUGCUCAGUCAAAGUCGAGUCAAGAUUUUAAUGCCCAACGAGGUCAAUCCCAACCUUUCCCGCGCUUCUUGGUCAUUCGUGGCGCAACUCGGACAAAGAGUCAGGGGUGAGCAGUUACCGCAAGUAUUUUCGACGCAAUUUGGUGAUUGA